AUGAAGCUGGUAACCGUCUUCCUGCUGGUGAUGAUCAGCAUUUGCAGCUACUCUGCUACUGCCUUCCUCUUCAAUAGUUUGCCUCUUCCUGCCCCAGUUGACAAAGUGCUUCCUCUGGACAAUGUUCUUUCCUUCAUGGAUCCAUUAAAGCUUCUUCUGAAAACUCUUGGCAUUUCUGUUGAACACCUUGUAGAAGGGCUAAGGAAGUGCGUGAAUGAGCUGGGACCAGAGGCUUCUGAGUCUGUGAAGAAACUGCUGGAGGCCCUAUCACACUUGGUGUAA